GCAACACGUGACAAGUUCGCCAUUUUUAUUAUUUCAUGAAAAUACAAGCAUAUUGGAAUUUUUUUACUCUCAUGACUGAAAUUAAUAAAUUUAUUUAAAUAAUAAUUCAGAAAACAACAUUUUUUAGUAUUAAAAUUGCAAAGAUAUUGUAGAUUGGGCGAGAAUAGUGUGCGAACUUACUUUCAACUAAUAAAAGGUUAUCGGCCUCUGCAAAGACGGGAUUCAGCAUAUCUGGCAAUAAAUGAGUGGAUAUUUUAUUUCCACACUGCGACUCAAUUUUUCAAGGGGGAACGAUGGCAAAGAAUAAGGGUUCGAAUAAAACGGCGAAAAAUGUUUUCAAGGUCGCAGUUUCUCGCACACAUCGCCUUAAAUCUAAAGCACAAAAGGUGUCUCUCAAUCUAAAAAAUCUGGGCAAAUCGAAAAAUCCAAAUAAAGAGAAAACCAAUCUGAUAAAUCAACAGUUGGCGGAAUUACGCAAAGAAGUCUAUCAAGCGAAAGAUGCGAAAAAAUCGGAAUUAGCGGGAAAAAUAAAGGGGAAAAAAUUUUUCCAAACUAAAAAGAAAUCGACAAAAAUGGAGACAGAAUCAACAGCUAGUUUAGUUAAAAAUAUGCAGAUUUAAAUCCGUCGUUUACCUAAUAAAAAUCGUCCAAAUGGAGAAAAACACAGCAGUAUUGAUUGUCAUUGGAGAUGAAAUCUUAAGAGGUCAAGUUGAAGACAAAAAUACAUCCUAUUUGGCCUCGAAAUUAUACGCAAUAGGAAUUAAAUUUCAUAAAGUUAUCAUAAUUCCAGAUUCAGUUUUCGAUAUUGCCAAAGAAUUAUCGGAAGUCUCGAAAAAUUAUCCCAUUGUCUUCACAUCCGGUGGAGUGGGACCAACUCACGAUGAUCUUACAUACGAGGCAGUUGGUAAAUGUUUCAAAUUAGAAAUCGAGGAGAAUAAAGAAUUAUUAGAUAUUUAUAAAAAAUUAUUACCAAAUGAACCGGAAGUUAAACGCUAUGCAAUGGCACCAUCUUCCUCUGAAGUGAUCUACAUAAAAUCACAAAAAUUUGCUGUGAUAAAGGUGAAUAAUGUCUACGUGCUUCCUGGUUCACCGAAAUAUUUUCAACCUGCAGUUGAUAAAAUUAUCUCAACUUUAAAAGGAGGUGUUCCAUUAUUUAUAGACGAAUUGGAUAUUGCUCUGAAGGAAGUAAAAAUAGUCAAGGGUUUGGAUGCAUUUGCAGAAAGGUGGAAAGGUCGCGUAAAUAUUGGAAGUUAUCCACAACAAUUUGGUGCGAAACAUUCGACGAGAAUUACAUUUGAGGGCAAAAAAGAGGACGUUAUAAUUGCAAAAAGGGAAUUUCAAAAUUCAUUCUCAGAGAGUCGUUUUAAUGAUCGGAAAUUCAGUCGAUCGAUAGCCGAAAAGGUGUUUGAAAAAAUUCAAGCCCAUCAUCAUUUGAAACGCAGUUGGAGCAUUAUUGAGGAGUGCUUCGAUAGAUUUUCGUCUAACGAAGUUUUCCUCUCCUUCAAUGGCGGUAAAGAUUGCACGGCAGUGUUACACUUGACUUCCGCUUUUCUUGCCCUAAAGGGAUCUGAACCUUUACUGAGUUUAUACAUAAUUGGCGAUUCAUUCCCCGAGGUGGAUGAAUUCGUGGCGAAAGCAGCGGCCUACUAUGGAUUAAGAGUAGUGAGAAAGAAUCGUCCAAUGAAGGAAGCCUUGACAAAGUUUACCAAGGAGAAUCCAAAAUUACGUGCAUGCCUAAUGGGAACGCGUAAAGCUGAUCCAUACGCAGAGAAUCUCGAACCAUUUUGUAAAACAGAUCCAGGAUGGGCGGAAUUAAUGAGAGUGAAUCCAAUUUUUGAUUGGACCUACAAUCAAAUUUGGCAAUUUCUCCUCGAUUUUAAUGUGCCCUACUGUUCAUUGUACGACAAAGGUUACAGUAGCGUUGGCGUUGCAACUCUAACCCUAAGGAAUCCACUUUUACGCGAUCCAAACAAUCCGUCCAUUUAUUUACCAGCUCAUACACUAGCUGAUGACUCGACCGAACGUCAAGGUCGAGAAUAGAGUCAAUUUUAUCUUUUAGUAACUUAAUUUCAAAAUUCUAUUUUUCUAUAUUAUAAAUUUUAUUUAGAACCAAAUUUUAACUUAAUUUAUUUCUAGCGAAAAAUGAAAAUAAGAGUACAAUUUUUAACUUAAUUUAUUUAAGUAAAAAAUCUCUGUCAAUUUUACGUAAUAAACGAUUUUAUCUAA